CCUGAAAACUAGCUGGCAACACCGCUCUGACCAUUUUGGUUGAAAACGAGGGAGCAGCUUCUGUUAGUGGCUGCCGUGGAGGCCGAGGGGAGGCGGACCAGACGAGACGGAGGGGAGGGAGACGAGAGAGAAACAGCCGCCUUCAAAUAUGGCGUCUUCGAGGGAAAAUGACUAAUGUUAUGAAAAAGAGAGGCCUCGAGCUCGACGUUCAAGCGAACCGUGCGGGGUCCGCACGCGGCGUCGGUGUUUGAAAUCGUUGAGUCGAACGCAAGCCGAAGCGAGUGAAGGAAAGGGACACGGUUUACCGACAAAUACAGCAGCAACACCAUCUUAUUUAGAUGCGUCGACAGGGCUAGCGCGCUGCUAGCUCACAACAACACUGUGGGUGGAAUUUAAAUGUCGCGUUUGAUAUUCGCUCGCAAAAUCGUUGCAUGCGGAAUGUAGCAGUUGUUUAACGGCCGAUGCCCCUUAAUGCAUAUUUCAUACAAGUAACGUUAAAGUAAGGGGAGGAGAAACAAGGGACGGUCAUAUGCGUCCGUCGGUAAUUUAUCGGUCAAACCGAAUUCUUCGCUGAAGAGCAUGGCAUUACUCGGUCUGGUUUUAAAUGAGAAAAGACUGAAAAGGAGGUGAGUUAUUUCUUUGGAGGUGGUCGGUGAACACCCCCUCUAUCACGCACUCAUCUCCUCCCCUCCAUUUCCCUCUCCCUUUUCAAUAUGCUCUUUUUCACUCUUAUGGACUUGGUCGUCUCUCACCAGGAAGAAUGAUUAAAAACUGACAACGGGACCGCGAUCUUGUAGCGCAAAAAACAGUUCCGCACCGAAACCGUUCGCUCGCACCCUCCAGCCGCGCGUUAGUGCGACGCGAUGGACAGAAAUUACCCGGGAGCUGGCUUCGGUGAUCUGGGCGCAGGAGCCGGAUGGAGCUACGAGAGAUCAGCCAAAGCGAGCUUGGUGUACGGCAGCUCUAGAUCAUCACAUCCAGAGUCUGAACUUCUUCAUCGCCAAGCCUACGCCACUCCCCAUCCCCUGCAGGGUUAUGCUACCAAUCACCAUCCUGGUGGAUCUGGCCAGGGUGGGGCUUGGGGUGCAGCUGGAAGGAGCCUGGGCCUGUCUGGACUUUUUGAUGCUGGGCUGCACCACGCAAGUCCGUCAGGCCCAGAUCCAUCAGUUAUGAACCUUAUAUCUGCACUAGAGUCCCGGGGUCCACAGCCACCUCCAUCUGCCUCAUCCCUCCUAUCUCAGUUUCGCACUCCAUCAUGGCAGACUGCCAUGCACACACCUGCCCCUGCAGAGCUUUUCAUCUCUGGUGCCCUUCCUGGAUCUGGAUCCUUCCCAUCCUCUUCUGCUUUGUCUGCCUAUCAGCACCCAGCGCCAUUCUCAGGGCGGUCCUUUCCUGGUGUGUCCCCCUCAUUGUCCUUACAGGACACGCCCACUUUCAGCCCCACCUCCAAUGGCCUCCUGUCACCCCAUGAUCCUUUACUCCACAUCAAGACACCUUCACAAUCAAGCCUUGGCUUUGACCGCCUGUUGUCAUCACAGGGUGCAGCUGUGGCCUACCGUGGAAGUCAUGAUCCAACUGGGGGUGGGGUCACAUCUGCACAAGCCUCUUCUGCAGCCUCAGUUUCUGCCCGCCAUAUGCCGUCUCAUCAGUUCAACUUGUUGUCCUCCCAGCUUCAAGACCAGUCCUCCCAGUUGUACAGUGCCUCUGUGUUUUCCUCUACCCCUGCUCCACCUCAGCCAACAUCCCAAGAGCGGACAGUACCAAGACAAGACAGUGUAAUUAAACACUACCAACGUCCCUCUCCAGCACAAGCCCCCUCAUCCAACCCUCACCCUCUUCAGCACUACCUUAGCUGUGGGAUGUCAGGAUAUCAGCAAGCCACUCAUACGCGCCAUGUUGGCCUCUCUUGCAGUCCCCUAGGUGAACACAGUCCUUCCUCAGACCAUAAACCCUCCCCCAGGACUGAACAGUAUAGACCAAUAAUCCAACCUUCCUAUGGGUCCUCGUCAUCCUCAUCCUCUGGUGGGACUGGAAAGGGGACAAAGAGCAGCUCUAGUAGUGGUUACUCCUCUUCUGGAUCUGCAUCCUCUUCCAGAACCCCCCACACACCACCCUCUGCCUCUUCAGCUUCAUCCUCGUCUUCAUCCUCUUCCUCCUCCUCUGCAUCUGCUAGUGCUCGUCAGUCUAAUUCCAUUCCAACCUCCACUUCUGCCUCUGCAUCCUCUCGACAACAGCCACCAACCCAGACUGUACCUCCUCCACCCCAGUCACAUUCCCAGGCCCCUCAGAGCACCUCUAAUUCCACCCAGCAAACCCUUCCCAAGUCAUGCCUCUCGGGUUAUGGAUCACCAGUUGCUCCAGUCAAGUCAUCGAGUGGUCUAACGGGCCAGACCCCUCCUCAUCCACAACCCCAGUCUUUCUCUCCAAGUCAGCCUCCCCCAUCACACCUUUCCCAGUCAUAUGGGGGAUUCAGUUCUCCACAGACUCAUGAUCUUCCUUCAGCUAGGACCUCUGGAGUGGCUAAAGGGUAUGGGAAUUUGGGAAGUCAGUCGUUUUCAGCAGAAGCAGUAUAUGGGACUGAUUCAGGUUAUGGGUCUCUGCCACCAUCUUUAGGGGGUGCUGGAAGUCCCUCAAUGGGUUAUGGUGCAUCAGGACACUCUCCUGCCCUUCUUAGGUCAGGAGCAAGUGGUGGAACAACUGGUGGUAGUAGUAGUGGAGGCAGUACAGGAACUGGAGCCAGUGGUAGUGGAGGAGGUGGUGGAUCUUACCACAUCCCUGAUUCAAGUCCAUCUCCAUCUGGCAAUUCUGGAAUCAUCCGUCCUGGUCUGCAUUCUCCUGCACCUUCACGACCUGCUCAGUCACCUGUUGGAACAGGAUCCAACAAAUAUCUAUCUUCUGUUCUCUCACCUUCAUUUCUGCCUUCUCCACAAGGGUACCCAGACACAAGAGGACCUCGAUCACAACCCUAUCACCCCUCUGCUCCUCCCAAAACAAAGUCUGAUAACAGCAUACUUGGUGUAACAGAGUCUAGGUCACAACAGGACGAUGAUGUUGAUGAUGAUUUCCUCAUCCAGCACCUUCUUCAAGCCCAGAGUCCUGCUCCUCAAGCAUCCCAUCACCAUCCUCCUCAAAGCCAUCAUUCCAUACAGCCCACCCAGCAGCCUCCAGUCCUUCAGGCUCAGGAUGGAAAUAAGGGGCUUGCUUAUGAGAUGAGCAAAAGCUCAGAAGAGAGGUACCACCUUCAAAGUGUUAUUCGAACACAUAGUGCCACCUCUAAUGCUGCUGUCUCUGACACAGGGAGUGGAGCUGGACUGGACAGUCAGUUGGAGAUGUCCCUAAAGAAACAGCAACAGCACCAACAACAACAUCAACAACAACCACAGCAGAAAAGCAACAGAACUGUAAGUGAUGGAGGACAAGGGAGUUCAGAUCAAACACAUUCCCAUCCUCACCAUCAUCAUGAUUCUCUGGGAUCUGUGGUGCACUAUGUGCGGGAUGACCCGUAUUCCCAACACUCAAUUCCUCAACAAUCCACCACCCACCAUCAACACACUCCACAUACACCCACGCACCCACACCUACACUCUCACCCGCACAUGGAUCCUCAGAAAAAAACUCAAGAUUCAGGAGAUAUGGCUUACAUGCGUAAGACACCUGAUGUGCAGCAACAUCAGCAUCAACAGGCACAUCAACAGCAAACUCAGCAUCAUCAGUCACAUCCUCAACAACGUCACUCCCAGUCACAGCCACUUAUGGACUCUCCCACUGACCAGUCUCGCCAACCCCCUCAUUUGUUGCAGUCUGUGUUGUCCCACACCCGCAGCAAAACAGACCCUCAGCAACAGCAGCAUUCUGUAAGCCAGCAGUCCCUUAUGGAAGCCACUGGGGGAGUUGUGUCAGCAGAGACCCAUUCCCAACCCCAGACAUCCCAGCUCCAACUCCAGCUUCAGUCCCAGGCUUUGGAAGCAGCUGGUCACUAUGGUCAUGGUACCCAGCAGCAAGACCAGAGCCGCCCUAAGUCUAACACAGUGUCUUCACUAGACAUGCUGGAGCAUUCCCUCUCUCGGACAUCUAGCCAAGAGGGAGCAAUGGUGGACGAGAGGACAGGAGGUGAAGGAAGCAGGGGAAAUUCUGGAGCUGCAACAGCAGGAAGUGUAGAAAGGCGCCAAUCACAGGAGCAACAAAGACUUUCAUCUCACCACCCAACGCAGCAUCAUGCUUCAGAGUUACACUCAUAUCUUCCUGAGCCAGACAUGAGUUUAUCAACUACUUCUCAUGGACACCACCUAUCCCACCAUCACCACCAACAGCAACAAUCGUCACAAGGUCCUCAACAUUCUAACUCCCACCAUCAACACCCUCACCCCUCCCAUCCUAAUCAACAGAGCCAUCAUCAUCUUCCUCCACAGGCCUCCUCAGCAGCUUCUCAGCAACAAGAGCAGUCUCACCCCUCUCACACCUCCCAGAUUCCUCAACCUCAGCUUGACCAGCAUCAAGGAGAGCCCCACUUUGACUCCAGGAAUCCAGCAGUGAAAUCAAAUCAAAGCCAACAGAGCCAGAGGUUUGUUCCGUUAACAUCCAUCUGCUUCCCUGAUUCUCUUCUCCCAGAUGAGGACCGUUCAUUCUUUCCUGGAAUGGAGGAUAUGUUCUGCACAGAGUACAAAUCCACUUGCUCAGGAGGAACUGGGCAGGGUCAAGAUGGGGUUGCAACUGGCCAAGCAGUGCAGGAAGGAAUUAAACCAAUGCCUGGAGGAGGAGACAAUACAGGUCCAAGUUAUGAUAUGCUUGGUCAUCACAGUGACCAAGGAUAUGGGCAAUAUUGCCAUGAUCUCUCAGAACCUGACAGUGGAACCAUGCAUUUGGAUCUUGACUCCUUGAAGACUCAAGAGCUCCCAUCUACAGUCAAUACAGAGCAGCUUGGACUGAUCCAAUCUCAACCAGCCAACCUUGGAAUGGGGACAACUGGAACAGUGGGGGAAGGAUCUGUUGCCAAAAUGGGAGGUACUGGGGGAUCUGGGUCUGGAUCAGGGGGUCUUACCUCUCCUAUCUUCUGUUCCUCUCGCCCAAAGAAGCUCCUUAAGUCAAGUUCCUUCCAUCUACUGAAGGAAAGACCUGAUCCAAACUCCUUGCCCAAGAAGAGCUAUGCACAGGAGUAUGAAUUUGAAGAUGACGAGGAUAAGGCUGAUGUCCCAGCUGACAUUCGCCUCAACAGCCGAAGCCGACUUCCUGAUCUCAUACCAGACCUUGUGUCCAGUUGUCGCAAAUCAAGUGGUGUGGGAGGGGGAACUUUAAGCCCUUUAAUGGGUGAUCUAGAUUUUGGAUACCCAUCUCUUGGUCCCCCUCCGCAGUUGAUGCCACAAGAUGGACAGAAGAAAAGAGGCAGGAAGCCCACAAAGCCUAAACGAGAAGGACCUCCAAGGCCACGUGGACGCCCACGUUUACGCCCAUUGCCAGAACCUCACCACUCUAGGGGUAUGAUGGGAGAGUAUGGAACAGGAUAUGUUCCUGAAAGAAGCAGAGGCCGAGGAAGAGGCAGAGGCAGAGGCAGACGGGAUGAAUCUAUGAUGGACAUGGAGAUGGCCAAUAAAGACCCGAAUCAGAUGUAUCAACAACACAUGCAGCAGCAAAUGCAUCACCAAUCACAGCAGCAGCCACAGCAUGAGGAGCCAAUAAAACCCAUCAAGAUUAAACUUCCUAUUGGAACCAUGCCAUCUUCUGAUGCCUUGUUGCGGACAGACUCCUUGUCAGGCACUGAUCCGGCUCUCUCAGAUGGUUCCCUUGGUUCAGCACCCUCUUUGGGAUUGAGCCCUGGGACUCCCGGAGUUCCUGACAUGAACAGACCUCAAGACAAGAAGUCCAAAUCCCAAGAGUUGGAAGAGAAAGAGUCAGAGAAGACUGGCUUUGUUGCCUCAUUUUUGGAUUUUCUAAAGUCUGGAAAAAGGCCAUCAGGAUUGUCAACGGGGUCAGCUGACAGCGCUGGAAAUGAAGAUGCCUCUCCUGGGAAAAUUGGAGGCAUUCGCCCAUUAUCUCCUCAACCUCCACCUCCCCCAGCUGCUUUAUCUGGAUAUGGAGAUGGUGAAAGUGAUGGAGGACUGUCUUUGGGUGGCUGUCCUAGCCCAUGCAAGCGUUUGGAUGAAGAGCUGAAAAGGAACCUUGAGACAUUGCCCUCUUUCUCGUCCGAUGAGGAGGACUCCGUCGGAAAGAACCAGGACCUGCAAAAGAGCAUCUCCUCUGCUAUCUCUGCCCUGUAUGACACUCCUCAACUCACCUCUACAAUGCAGCCUCCUUCACUUCCACCACCUCCUCCUGAACCACUGACACCAACACAGCAGCCACCAGCCCUCAGCCCUCAACCACCACUGCAUAUACACUCGCCCUCACAUGCCCACACCCACUCCGUUGAGCCUGCAAGAUUGCAGGAAGAAGAAAUGGAAGAAAAAGAGAAGGAUCUAGAAGAGGAAGUGGAGCAAGACAAAGAAGAGAAAGAGAAAGUCUCAGAUAUGGAGCUGCUGAAUGUCCCCAAAGUUGGAGACUCACUCAAAGAAGCUAUUGAAGCCCAAGCUCCCCCUUCUCUCCCAGUUUCCCCAUCAUCCCAUGCUCCCUCCUCCACCUCCUCGCCAUCACCGCUUUCACCCCUCCCCCUUCCCUCUCCUGUCCCUCCACUGGAGGACAAUCCUUCCCCCUCUCAGAAAUCGCCUCCACUCAGUCCUGUGGCUUCCUCUGUGCCUGUCCUCUCUCCUCUACCUCCUCCUCCUGUAGAGCCUGCUCUCUUCUCUAGCCCACAUUCGCCCAGUCCACCUCUGGUACAGGAGUCCAUUGCAGAGCCCGCCUCUCCUGAAGAGCCCCCUGCGCCUCAAAUUCUACCAUUGCACUUGGCACAGAAACAGAGCGGCGCUGCCAUUGUUGGUGAGACUGAUGAGGAUGAGAGUGAGAGUGGAGGCGAGGGUAUUUUCAGAGAGAGAGAUGAGUUUGUGGUGCGAAUUGAGGACAUCAGGAGUCUGAAGUUGGCCCUGCAGACAGGACGAGAGCCCCCUCCCAUUUGGCGUGUACAGAAAGCUCUGCUACAGAAGUUUUCCCCCGAGAUUAAGGAUGGACAAAGACAGUUUUGUGCCACUAGUAAUUAUCUGGGUUACUUCGGGGAUGCCAAAAAGCGCUACCAGCGGCUGUAUGGGAAGUUUCUGGAAAACAUAAACAAAAAAGACUACGUGAGGGUCUGUUCUCGUAAGCCCUGGCACAGGGCUGUCAACCUGAGGAGACAGUCUCAAACUCUUCCGAAGUUAGCGCCACCCCCCAACAACCAGACUCCUUUAGAGAGGACUGAAAAAGACCAAGAGAAGAUUAAGGAGCCAGGUGAAAGCCGUGAGAAGAACAAUGUUCGGCCAAAGGAACAGCGGGACAGAGAAAAAGUGCUUAAAACCAAGGAGAAGGAAGAAAAGAAAGCGAAAGAAAAGAAAGCUUCACCUCCUCCUCUGCCACCUCAGAAGCCUGAGAAACGAGCAGCGGUGACAGAACGAGGGAAGGUGAAGGAGGAGAAGAGGAGCGGUGGACAGGAGAAGAAGACUGAACGCUCUGCCAAACCUCAGCCACCAAAGGUGAAGGCUGAACCUCCGCCUAAGAAACGCAGGAUGUGGCUGAAGGAAGUACCCUCAUCCUCCGACUCGGACUCCUCCGCAAGUGAGGAUGAAACAGUCUCAGUCAAAGUAGGCCUGAACACACGUGCAAUGCGUGAGAUGUACCGGAGCUACGUGGAGAUGCUGGUCAGUACGGCACUUGACCCAGACAUGAUUCAGGCUCUAGAGGACACAGAAGAUGAAUUAUAUCUUCCUCCAAUGCGCAAGAUUGACAGCAUUCUCAGUGAGCAGAAGAGGAAGCUUUUGAAAAGAGUCAAUAUGAACUCUCAGCACCAGGAAGCUCUUCACACUUGCCCUCAGAUAACAGCGGAGACCCUGGACUCGGGGACGGUGAGGGUCAGACUGGGUGGUGAAUGCUACAACCGCAAAACCCUGAACCGCAUCAAAAAGAGUGUUCCCAAACCACAGGACCUCAAGUUGUCAACAGAAACAUGUCGACUCUACAGUCUCUACCAUUCGCUGCAUCAUUAUAAAUAUCAUACCUUCUUACACUGUAAGAAAGAGACGAACACUAUAGAGCAGGCUUCAGAAGAUCCUGGACAAGAGGAAGUUGUUCAGCAGUGCAUGGCCAAUCAGAGCUGGCUGGAGACGCUCUUCAGCUCCUUCUUAGAGCUGAUGACCCUCAGCACCAAAGCUUAAGACAAGAAAGGACGGGGGAGCAUGAAAAAAGAGAAACGUUGAGGAAUCAAGGAGGCCUUGGUGUAUAAAGAAGCUGGAUUUAUUGUUGCCUAGCUCUCCUGUCCUCCUCCUCCUCGGUUUUACAGAAAUGUUUCUUUUAAACGGCGACAGGAGAGGACCGGGCGACGAGCCCAGCAGGUUGCCGCCAGACUUUAUUAACUCUUUACAAACGUCUGCAAAAACGCAGGAUCCGUCCUGAGCGUUCAGGCAUAUGGAUGUGACUAAACUGAGAUCAGAUUUGACCGAAUUUUCACUGAAUCCGAAGGAAAUGGUACACGGAACCAUGGAGCUACGGUUGAAGGAAUAUACUGUGUGAAGUCUUUAUACUUUCGAAUCGACCGAUUCGUCGCGGGAAUAACUGACGGGAGGAGUCCGCUUCGUGCCGACUUUAGGAGGAAAUCUGUUACUGAAUUUUACACGAAUAAUUUUUUAAGACAAUAGCAGUUUUAUUUCAGGUUAGGGUUUCUGAAACGAGUGCAGAAGGGAAAGCAGUCAUGGGAAGAUGCGUGCAACGACAUGUGAUGACAUUCAACGCUUUAGUCUCCACACGUGAAACAAGCUAAAGUAAUGCAGUUUUAUUAUUUAUAAAGACAUUUUUUAACAGCAAUUCGCACGUACAAUACAAACCAGUGAUGCUUCAUAUAAAACGGUUCAAAUAAUAUUUGUUCAGAUGUUAUACAUGGAUCUUAUUGCCACAUUCUGAGCGGUCUUCCUUUUUGCUCAUCAAAGGUGGGUAGACACCAUGGAAAAUGUAUUAUCGUUUUGAUCUGUUAACGAAGAGAAAGACCGAGUAGAACAAACCAUUUCAAGCUACGCAAAACGGUAUUAUUGCAGUGCAUUCUACAGAGAAAAUAAAUGGAAUUGAAAGCGAGAGCGAAGCAUCUGGUUCCCAUUAGGGAGGGAUUAUGUAUUAGUACUAUUUAAAAUGGAAAUUUGUUUUUGUUUGUUUGUCUGUAUUCUGAGUAUUCUUUUGGAACAAUCUAAUACUGUGCUUCUUUCAAAAGUAAAGCCUUUGUGUAAAUAUUGUACAGCUCUUGACAAAAAUCUUCUGGUUCUUCUGUACAUGGACUAUCCCUGUAUUUGACAAACAAAUAAAACCAUCAACAACUACUUUGUGUUAAAUAAGACGCUGCUUUUCUGCUCAGGUUCACGCUGAAAAGUCUAACCCUAACCGGUGUGGCAGGUGAAAUAAUCACAGUCAAGUCAGAACUUUCUUCCCUGAGUUUCUAAAUGCAAAGGUUUGUACUUUUUCUUGAACUUCGGCCAUGACUUCAUUACAGUUCCUCUUUUUGCUGUUAUUGAUUAUUAUUGCUGUUGUUUUUCAUGCUUUGUUCUCUCGGCCUUCUCUUUAACCAUUCCUUAUCUUUGCAGACGGGCAUUUCCAGCCAGGAACUUUUUUGUUUUGUUUGUUUUCUUAGAAAAAGUCAAAAAUGUCUAGCUUUUUCUGAUGAUAAAUGGUUUGGAAUAUUUUCAGAAAGUAUAACCAGAAAGUACAACUCCGACCUGAAAUGUAU